UUUUAACCAAUCGGCAGAAAAUAUCGGGCCAAAUGAAUCUGUUACUCUCUCAGGAAAAGGCGAAAACAAAUCAAAAAUAUUUUGCUUUCAAUCCAAAAAGACUGCUCUCCUUCCUUUCUAAUCCUUUUGCAAGAAUCCAUCCCCUCCUGAUUAAUUAACUUUGUCCGAAUGCGUUUAAUUUCAUAAUUACUUCAGAUAAGAAAUAAAUUUCCAAUUCCAAACCUCCAACGUUAGAAUUCGAGCUGUUUUCUUUUCUUUUGUUUUUUAUUAAUGGCUGCGAGUGCGAAUCCCACGGGGAAUAAUCAGGAAGGUUCCUCGAACCGGAAGGUAACGGCUUCUCCUCCACCAGCCAAUGGCGUUUCCGUCAAUUCGAAUAGCAGCGGGGCCCAUACGUCCGCCGCCGCCGCUGUCUCGACUGAUACGCAGUCCGCGUUGAGGCACAACCCUGGCAUCUCCGUCGACUGGACUCCCGAUGAACAAUCGAUUCUCGACGAUUUGCUCGCCAAGUAUGCCUCUGAUUCAACAAUAGUUCGCUAUGCUAAGAUCGCAAAGCAGUUGAAGGACAAAACAGUUAGGGACGUUGCACUGCGUUGUAGAUGGAUGACUAAAAAGGAAAAUGGCAAACGGAGGAAAGAGGAUCAUAAUUCAGCAAGGAAAAAUAAAGAGAGAAGGGAAAAGGGUACAGACUCUUUGGCAAAGUCUACAUCUCAUUUAACCAGGCCUAAUGGUCCUUCAUAUGCUCCACCAAUUAUCCCUAUGGACAAUGAUGAUGGCAUCCCAUACAAAGCCAUUGGUGGUGUGACGGGAGAGCUGCUUGAACAAAAUGCUCAAAUGUUUAAUCAGAUUUCUGCAAAUUUUGCAGCUUUCCAGAUACAUGAUAAUGUAAAUCUCCUAUGUAAAGCCUGGGACAACAUCCUCACAAUCUUGAAUGACAUGAAUGACCUGCCAGAGGUAAUGAAACAAAUGCCUCCACUUCCAGUCAAGGUAAAUGAAGAACUGGCCAACAACAUCCUUCCUCGAUCAUCCCAUCAGAUAAAAUCAUGAUUCAAGGCUUACUGAUGAUACUUCU